AUGCCAACCCUUGAUGACAUUUUGGAGAAUGUUGGAGAAUUUGACAGGUUCCAGAAGCAAACCUUCUUUGUCCUGUGUUUGCUUUCUGCUGCCUUCAGCCCAGUGUAUGUGGGUGUUGUCUUCUUUGGUUUCAUCCCCGAGCAUCGCUGCUUCAGUCCUGGGGUGGCUGAGCUGAGCCAGCGGUGUGGCUGGAGCCUGGAGGAGCAGCUGAAUCACACAGUUCCUGAGUGGGGUGGCCGCGGGGAGAGUUUUGGAAGCCGCUGCAGGAGGUACGAGGUGGACUGGAACACAACAGGCAUCAGCUGCACCGAUCCCCUCGGCAGCCUCAUGGGCAACCGAAGCACCGUCCCCCUUGGUCCCUGCCGGGACGGCUGGGUCUACGACUCCCCAGGGACAUCUCUUGUGACUGAGUUUAACCUGGUGUGUGAGGACUCCUGGAAGCUGGACCUCUUUCAGUCUGCUGUGAAUGCUGGGUUUUUUAUUGGCUCCAUAAACAUUGGCUACAUAGCAGACAGGUUUGGCCGUAAAUUUUGCCUCUUAAGUACAAUUCUUGUGAACAUUGUCUGUGGAAUCCUUCUGGUCUUCGUGCCCACUUACCUGUGGAUAGUCAUCCUCCGGUUCUUGCAAGGGCUGGUCAGCAAGGGCUACUGGACUGCAGGCUACAUCCUGGUGACGGAAGUCGUUGGUCCGAAGUACCGGAGGACGGUGGGCAUCCUCUACCAGAUGGCCUUCUCUGUUGGGCUCCUGGUGUUUGAUGGGAUUGCUUAUGCCAUCCCUCACUGGCGGCGGCUGCAGCUCACCGUCACCCUGCCAAGCUGCUUCUUCCUGCUCUAUUACUGGUGCCUCCCAGAGUCUCCCAGGUGGCUGAUCUCUCAAGGAAAAAAUGACAAAGCUAUGAAAAUUGUCAGUGAUAUGGCUAAAAAAAAUCGGAAAAAGAUGCCUUCCCAUUUUGAGGAUACUAAAUUUGAAGAGGAAGAUGGCAGAAAGCAGAGUCCUUCACUCAUCGACCUUGUCAGGACACCACAGAUGAGAAAAAACACAUUCAUUUUGAUGUACAACUGGUUCACGAGCUCCAUCCUCUACCAGGGGCUCAUCAUGCACAUGGGAAUGGCCUCCGGGAACAUGUAUCUGGAUUUCCUCUAUUCUGCGCUUGUUGAGUUCCCAGCCGCCUUCAUCAUCAUUGUCACCAUCGACUGCGUUGGGCGGCGCUACCCCUGGGCUGUGGCAAACCUGGUGGCAGGUGCUGCCUGCCUUGUCACAGCCCUGAUCCCAGAGGACAUACAUUGGCUAAAACUGAUUGCUGCAUGCAUUGGGAGACUGGGAAUCACAAUGUCUUUUGAAAUGGUUUGCUUUGUAAACACCGAACUGUAUCCAACAUACAUCAGGAACCUUGGGGUGAUGGUCUGCUCCUCCUUGUGUGAUGUUGGUGGAGUCAUCGUCCCAUUCAUUGUCUACAGAUUGGUGGAAGUCUGGCAUGAUCUGCCACUAAUAGUCUUCACUGUUCUUGGUUUGCUUGCGGGUGGAUUGGUGUUGCUUCUACCUGAAACUAAAGGAAGAGUUUUGCCUGAGACUGUUGAAGAUGUUGAAAACUUUCAUGGGCGAAGUGCUCCAAAGGCCAAAAAGAUCUAUCUCAAUGUCCAAACGUCAGAAGUAGCACAUGACUGA